UUUCACUCUCUCAAACAGCAAUGAUAUGCUUGCAGGCUGUUCUUGUGGAGCUUUGCCCUAGUCGGGCUAAAUAUCUUCAGCCUAAAACAGGCGAGAGUAUUCCAUUGGGAGAGUUUCAAGUGGCGUAUGAGGAAGCCAACAAAUAUGGUGCCAAGGUUGUACUCGGUGAUCGACCUAUUGGUUUGAAUAGAACUAAAUCAGAUGGUGGUGCUAACACCACUUGUGCAUUUAAUCAGGAGCUAGACAAGAUGGUCCCUUCUUACGUGGAAACCCUUGUCUAUGAGCGUGAUCGAUAUAUGUCGGUCAAGUUGUUGGAAGUCGCUCGCGAGCAUAACUCUGUCGUUGCUGUUGUGGGAAAGGCCCACAUGCCAGGAAUCCAAAAGAUAUUGAAACAACCUGUUGAUGUUGAUAUGAAGCAACUUCUUAAGGUACCAAUUGGGAAGAGACUAUUCACAACCUUUAAGGGCAUUGGAGCAACAGUUGCCAUAAUUUCUGGCAUUUAUCUCUUAAAAGAUAUUGUGGGCAUCUGAGCAAUUAGAAGUUUUUGAAGGUCUAAAAUGCAAGAUGACAUAUCUGUUGUAACAGAUUGUGUGUAGCUGUCCUUAUCAACCGUAAGAUUACACCAGUUAUCUUUCAACGGUGCAGAUUGAAGGCUUGAAUUAGAUUAGCUCGUGCUCCCUCCGUCCCAAUAAUGAAGACACACUUCAUUAGGGCAUGAAGAUUAAGGUGAGGUAGUUUAAGGAAUAAAGUGUUGUGGGUAUUUGAUUAAGAAGUUGAUUAGGGGCUUUAUUUAUUUUUAUUUUAAAUUAUUUUAACUCUCCACUCUCUCUCUCUCUCAUCUUCUCCGGCCACUACCGCCGACCAUCGCCGCCGCCGAUUCCCUCUGUUAUGCCGCCAAAAAUCGAACCCGGAAAAUCAAACUUAGAAAUCGCAAAUUAUCCAAAAAAUUUAGCACCAAAUCUGUGACUGCAAAAUAAAAAUUGGCAAAGAACAAACAAUUCUCAUUCCAAACAAAACUAUUCUCAUUCCAAAACAAACAUUGGCAGACGCUUGAAACAAAAAUUGGAAGAAAUAAAAAUUGACACAACUAUUCUCAUUCCAAAAUGAAAAUCGAGGGUUCUGAGGUUGGAAAUUGCAGCGAUUCCCAGAGGAAGAAUGGUGGUCGUGGCGAGAGGUGAGAGAGGACGGAGCUGCGUGGUGGUGGUUCGGCGGCUCAGGGCAGUGGUGGUUUGGCGGAUCUGGGUGGCAAAGGAAGGGCGACGGCGAGGGGUGUUUACUGGAGGGACGGUGGUCGUGGCGAGAGGUGCUCGACGAUUCCAGAAGGCGACGACGAGGGGUGAUCGGCGGUGGUCGUGGCUCGCCGGCGGCUACUCCGCCGAGAAGGGGAAGGAGGUGGGCGGCUGGGAGUGAAGUGAAAUGAGGGAGAUUAGGGUUGUACUUAUUUAUACCAUAAUUAAAGUGCAAUUAAUUAGUGUAUCUUAAAUCCUAAUUAUUUCCUUAUUUGGAAGUGUGUCUUUAUUAUUGGAAUUUGGAACAACCCAAUAAGGAAAGUGUGUCUUCAUUAGUGGGACGGAGGCAGUAUUUUACAUUUUUCGGUAGAUUCUAGAUCUAGUUAGUUCAUUUUUCAGCUGAGUGCGAGAGAUUGAUUGAAGAAGAGAGAGUGUUCAUGUAUGAGUGCAGAGAGCAAUUUUCAUUGAGUUUUGAGAGUUGUGGUUGCUGCUGAGAUUGCUGCAUUUCUUGUACUUGAUUCUUCUUAUUUCAAUCAUCAAUAAAACAUCAAAGAGAGAUGUAGGAUUUCGAUCCAAACCACGUUAA